AUAUUUAAUAAGAAAAAUUGAUAUAACACGGAAAUAAAAUUAAUUUCUAUUCUUGACAUCUCUUGUAACGAAUUGCACACCUGAAAUAUUAUUUAUUUAAUUGUAUUGUAAGAAAAUAUUAAAAGUGAUAAAUUUUGUAAUUUACAAGUGAUUAUGAAUUAAACAGCCAAUAUUUUUUAAGACUAGAGAAAAUGGGAAAAAGUAAGGAAUUGUUAACAUGCCGGGAUAUUUUAUGGGUCCUAGUCUUUAUUGGCUUCGCCAUGAAUUAUAUGGUGCGAUUAAACUUAAAUCUUACUAUAGUCGCAAUGGUGGUACCAUAUCCGAAACCUGCAGCGGCUAUACAAUGCAAUGUAGAAAAUAAUACAUUACUCUGGAUCAACGAAACGUCUGAGAAUAAUAACGUAUCUUCCUCUUUCUCGAUUACGACGUCGUCCGAAAAUGUUACGUAUGAAGAUCGAUUCGCUUGGACCGAGUACGAACAGGGAUUGGUGCUGGGUGCCUAUUAUUGGUUGCACUGGUUAUCACAAUUACCUGGUGGUCUCCUAGCUAGGCGAUAUGGCACGAAACUUGUAUUCGGCUUAGCAAAUUUAUUGACAUCUCUCUUAGGAUUUCUCAUUCCUUACGCCGCGUCGAAUCUAUAUGGCUUGAUAAUUCUUCGAAUGGUGCAAGGAUUAAUCACGGGUGUUACAUGGCCCUCGAUGCACAAUAUGACAGCGAAGUGGAUUCCACCGAACGAGAGAAGCAGAUUCGUUAGUGCUUAUCUUGGAAGUUCCGUGGGAGCUGCAAUUACUUAUCCUCUGUGUGCAGCUGUCAGCAGUUUCUUCGGUUGGAGUGCAGCUUUCUAUGUCACGUCUUUGCUAGGUGUAAUGUGGUACUGCUCGUGGCAUUAUUUCGUAUAUGAUUCACCGCAGCAGCAUCCGCGAAUCUCUGAUGAUGAGAAAAAUUACAUCAUGGAAAACAUCGCAAAGUCUGUCGACGACGAAGAGAAAAGGCAGAUACCUUGGAAAUCAAUAAUUCUGUCAAAGCCGAUUUGGAUCACCAUUGCCGCACAUUGGAGCACUGCUUGGGGUUUCUUGACGCUGAUGACACAGGCACCGAGUUAUUUCAACUUCAUUCACGGUUGGAAUAUUAAUGCUACUGGGAUGCUGGCAGGAGCACCGCACUUACUCAGAAUGAUCUUCUCGUACUUAUUUUCCAUCAUGAGCGAUUGGCUGCUACGUACGGAGCGAAUGAGCACGACGAAUGUCAGAAAAUUGGCCACCUUCGUUUGCACCGUUGUUCAAGGUAUCCUCAUCAUGGGCAUCGGAUUUAGUGGAUGUCAUCCAUUAUUCGCGGUCAUCUUCAUGAUGACUGGUACAGGAGUUAAUGGUGCCAUUUCCGCCUCCACGUUGACAAGCCUAGUCGAUCUCAGUCCGAAUUAUGCCAGCAUCCUCCUAGGAUUCGCCAACAUGAUCAUCGCAUGGGCUGGUUUUAUCUCGCCAGCAAUCGUUGGUAUACUAACGAAUAAUAACCAAAGUGUGGGACAAUGGCGUUUGGUCUUCCUGAUUGCUGCUGUCAAUUCGAUAGUAGGUGGUAUCAUAUAUAUAUUGUUUGGAACUUCAAAGGAACAACCAUGGAAUCAGUACGCCAAAUUAAAUUUGAAAGAACAGGAAAUGCAGCAACUGGCCCCGAAAGCCAUAAAAUCCGAUAAUACCACGGAGAAUGUAAAAGAUACUGAAAAAGCAAAUUUUAUCGAAGAAAGAUAAUACAUUUGUAAGAAAUAUUGAAGGAACGGAGAUAAUUUUAAUAUAUAGGUAUAUCAAAAUUACUUCCCAUUCAUAUAUAUAUUGGAACAUGCACGGCAAACGAUAGUUCAAUAAUGAUAGAGCCGCCAAGGACAAUAUGUAUUGAUAAAGAGAAUAUAUAACGAUUGAUCGUAUAUUUAAUAAUUAAUAUUAAUAAUAAUACACAUUCACACACAUAACUUAUUUUUGGAACAUUUUGUCACAAAGAAAUAAAGCAAUGAAAUAUAGUGAUAUUACAAUGUAAAUAAAUGUUAAAUUAUUUAUACGCGCUAAUUGUAAGACAUAUGUUAUGACGUAAGUUAUGACUUAGAUGUGUUUCGACAGAAAACGCAAAAUACGUUUUAUUUAAUUGAACUUAUGUAUAUCGCAUUAUUCCGUCCCCGCACGUGCACAAUAUGUAAAUUGUGGUGCACAAGUUCUAUGUAGUAAAAUAAAAUCGAUGAAUAAAAUAUUAA